UACUUAUGUAUAUAUAGUCUAAUAUUUGUAUAUAGUUAAUCUAUGUACAAUGAUCUAAUCAUGCCAAAUAUCAAAUAAAAAUAUAUGUAGUAUAGAUUACAUAUUCUGUAUUCAAACAUGAAUAAAAUGUUCCUUUAAGCACAUACUUAAAUUGAGUGGCAAAUAUUAAUAAAACCUUUGUGUUGACGUGUUCCUUUACCAAAUGAACUGAUUCUUUAUAAAUAUAAUAACGAGAAGUUGAUAUAAUAUUUGGUAAUAUUGAGUUAAUUUUAAUUGUUCAAUAUGGAGCUAGAGUUCAAAAUCUUCACUUUAAAUUGCUGGGGAAUACCGUUUAUAUCUAAAAAUUUACAAGAAAGAAUUGAUGCUAUUGGAGAUUUUUUAGUUAAAAACGAUUAUGAUUGUGUUUGUCUGCAAGAAGUAUGGACUUCAAAACAAUUCUCACAAAUCCAGGCUAAGAUAUCCAAGACACUGCCAUAUGGACAUUAUUUUUUCAGUGGAUCAUUAGGCUCUGGCAUCUGUAUGUUUUCAAAAUAUCCUAUAGUGGAUGUUUAUUUUCAUCAGUGGCCUGUGAACGGUUAUAUACAUAAAGUACAUCAUGGGGAUUGGUUUGGUGGAAAAGGAGUUGGUCUCUGUAAAUUGCGUGUGGAUAAAUACUUAGUUAAUGUAUAUACAGCUCAUCUACAUGCCGAAUAUGAUAGAAUGAAUGAUGAAUACAAAGCUCAUCGUGUAAUUCAGGCUUAUGAUACUGCUCAAUUUAUCCAAUUCACCUCAGGAGGUGCUGACUUAAUAGUUCUUGCAGGUGAUUUGAACUCUGAGCCAGGAGAUUUGGCUUACAGAUUACUCUCUACAAUUCCAAGCUUAACUGAUUCUUUUGUGGCUGCUGGACAAGAGGAAGAUUUGAAAUCAACAACAAAUGAAUCAAUGUGGAAUAGUUACACGCCAUCAAAACUGAAGAAAACGGAAACAUGUGGAAAACGUAUUGAUUACAUAAUGUACCAUCCUGGAUCUAGAUUACAAGUAUAUCUCAAAAAAUAUGAAAUGCCUCUAGAAAACAGAGUGCCUGAUCAGCCAUUUAGUUAUUCCGAUCACGAAGCAAUUGUAGCAAUAUUUCAUAUUAAUGGUGAUCAGGCCAACGGUCUCAUAGAUAAUUCUAUUGAGAAGAUUUCUCUCUUAGAAGAGAGUAGGUGUAUACUGAAUGAAGAACUGGAUAAGUUGAAGUCAACGAGGAAAUUUUAUUUUCUGUGUAGUAUUUUCCCGUUCUUGUUAUUUAUAAUUUUCAUUUUCAUAGAUGUACCUUUCAAUUUUGCUUUACCAUACAAUAUUUUUAGGAGUUUUCUUGUUGUUGUUACCGUAUUUUAUAUUAUUAUGGGAACAAUAUGGAAUAGGAUAGAAACUAGUGGUGUUACCUCUUGUUUAUUAUCUAUGGAAGUUGUUCUCAAAACUUUAAAAUCAGGGAAUUAUUUAAAUAGUUGAUAUUCACCUGAUUAUUAAGACAUGUGAAACUUAAAUAUUUUUAAAGUUUAUACAGUAGGCAAAUAUAUUGUAAAUUUUCUAAAUAAGAAUCUAUAUAUCUAAUAUAUUGAAAAUCGUUUCGAUUUAUUACCAAUGUGAAAAUUAUGGACCAAAAAUAAAUUCGAGUACUUAUUUCUAACAGUUCUAAUAUUUGGGUCGACUUGGAUUACAAAAAAACAUUGUUUUUAGUUUUUGAUGAUUCAUCAUCCAAAUGUUAAAAUCAUGCUCAUUGUAAUUGAAUAUUGAGUUUUUAUUCAAUAAAAAAUAUAAGAAGGAA